AUGACAUUAGAAUCACGUUUAUCUACACAAGCUAAUAUUGGAGAUAUGGAUAAAAAUUCAGAACUUCGAAGUAUGAUUAUUAGAAAUAUAAUUUUAACACGAUUACAAGCUAUUGUUGUUGGUUUUCUUGCUGCUCUUGUAUCACUUACUAUGAAAUGGGAUGCUGUUGAUCGUUGUAAUGCUCCUACUGUUGCUUCUAAAUGUAUUGAUGCUGGUCAACCUUGUACUGCUAAUGAUAAGUGUUGUACUACUGAUUGUCGUUAUUAUUCUUCUUCUGCUUCUUCUGGUGAUGUAUGGGGUGAGACUGGUAUUUAUUCUUGUGAGGCUGGUCGUGAUGAUUGUAGUUGUCAAUGA